AUGGUUGUCUGCUCUUAUGUGACGUUGAGUGUGAAGACGAAUCCAUGUCCCGAACGGAGGGCCUUCCGUGGAGUUUACCCUGCGUCCUUCGCGAGCAGGCCUCACUGCUUUGUGCAGUUACCCUCGCAGUAUCAACUCGCCGGGCAUGUGUUUGAGGGCUCAUGUGCAAUUGCGCAUGCGUGCUCGCUUACUGCCUUUCCGCAUGUGGUGACACUGAGUGUCACUGCUUCGACAGCCAACCAUGCGUUUGCGGCUAUCUGGGAUCAAUCCCGCUCCAGAGCCUAA